AUGGUCCUCUCACGGCAGAGGAGGGCUCCGGGCAGCAGCGCGCCGGGCCUGGUGGGGAUGGUGCAUGGCUUCCUGCGGCUGGUGCAGCCCAACGACCUGCCCAUAGAACUGAUUACAGAUUUUGGACAGUCCCAGAGUCAGGAUGCUACUGGGGACCAAGUCCAGGAGCUGCUGCACUACGAACUGGGUUUCCUGGUCUGCAUCGCCAUCGGGCUCCUCUUCAUCAUCCUCGUGCCCCUGGUGGGAUGUUGCUUCUGCUGCUGCCGCUGCUGCGGCAACUCUGGAGGGCGGAUGAGCUGCCGGCGCGGGACGCUCUGGGCCUCAGUCCUGCUGGUCUCUGCUCUCCUGCUGGCUGGUGAUGUCUGUGCCUUCAUCAGCAACACCCGCUUCUCCCAGGCUGUGCAUGGCACCUUCCCCAAUGUCAACAACACCCUGAACAACGCCCAGACCUAUGUGGCCUCCAUUCCCCAGCAAAUCAAUUUUAUCAUCGACAGCAGCGACGUCCCACUGGGUCACGCCAACAGCAGCCUCCAGGACAUUGGGUCCAAUCUGGGUGGCAUGAUCAUCUCGGGUAUCAGGAGCAGCACAGAUGGGACUCUGGGAUCCCUCCAGAGCCUCUUGCAAGGGAUGGAGAUGCUGGCAGAUGCCUUUGGCAUCAUCUCCAGGACUCGUCCACACCUUGAGGAGCUGCAGAGCAACUACAGCCAGCGGCUGGACAGCCUGCAGGGUGACCUCAACCGGACCCUGCAGCACUGCGGCAGCCCCUGCAGCAGCGUGUCCCUGGGUGGCCUUGUCUUCAGCACCAACUUCAGCAUGAUCCCUGGUGUGAAGCGGCAGCUGGAGGCCCUGCAUGGUGUGUCUGGCUCCAACAUAGCAGCCGAUUUGGAGAAGGUUAACAGCACUCUAAGCACAACCUAUGCCAAGGUGCAAGAGCAGUCCCGGGAUGUGGUGACAAAGACCCAGGACCAGCUGGGCUUCAUCAGGCAGGAGAUCAGGAGCUUGCAGGAGAAGUUGCCACUCCUGGAUGUGGAGGAGAAUGUUGGAGCCUUUGUGGGCAACACCUCGUUGAUGCUGGAGGAGUACAGGGAGCCAAUCAUUGCCUUGGAUGGGCUCAGGUGGAGUGUGUGUGUCCUCCUGUGCUGCAUGGUGCUGCUGGUGGUCCUCUGCAAUGCCUUCGGGCUGCUGCUGGGGCCCCUGGGGCUGAAGGAACAUGUGCUGCCCACGCAGCGCAGCAGCCUCUCCAACGCCGGCGGGAACUUCUUCAUGGCAGGGGUUGGCUUCAGCUUCAUCUUCUCCUGGCUGCUGAUGCUACUGGUGCUGAUCACCUUCGUGCUGGGGGGAAAUAUCUACAUGGUCAUCUGUGAGACCUGGCGCAGCCAGAAGCUCUUCCAGAUUCUAGACACCCCAGGCCUGAUCCCUGGCUUCAACCUGUCAGAGCUGCUGGGCCAGGAGAGUGGCACAACAAACUUCUCAGAGAUAUACAGGCAGUGCCAGCAAGAUGCUACCCUGUGGCAAACUCUGCACCUGGACCAGAGUGUGUCCCUGGAUGAGCUCCUGAACAUCAGCCAGUAUACAGGAGAGAUCUCCACAGCCUUUGAGAAGAUGAACAUCACCCUGAGCCCCAUCUCCCUGCUCAACGAAACACAGAGAGACUUGCUGCUGAAAGCCAGCCAGCUUGGGCAACCCCCUGACUUCACCCCCACUCUGGAGGAGCUGGAUCAGAAUCUGACCCAGGGAAGCCUCCUUGAUCUGGCUGCAGAGCUGGAGCAGCUGGCAGACAAAGUGGGCACGGACGUGAAAGAAGACCUGAAGCGUUGUGCUCACAUGCUGAGGGAACUGGACAGGGAGAUGCAGAUGAGCUUCUCUGGGCCACUGCAAAGCCUGAAGGAGAACAUCCACUCAGUGCAGAGCAGGGCUGCCCAGCUUGAGGCACAGACAAAAACCGCACUGGACAAAGCCAACGAAACCGAGCAGUUCCUGGAGAGGGAGAUGGGAAACAUCAUCAAGAAUGAGACAUGGACCUUCCUGAAGGAGCUGCUAGACUUCUUUGAGACCUACAUCUCCUGGGCCAAGAGCGGGCUGACGGAAGACGUGGCACGUUGCAAGCCCAUAGCUCAGACCCUGGAUAAUGUGGAGGCCAUCACCUGUGACUACAUCCUGGACUCUCUGAAUGCCUUCUGGUUCAGCCUGGGCUGGUGUACCAUGUUCCUGCUGCCCAGCAUCAUCCUGGCUGUCAGACUCGCCAAGUUUUACCGCCGCAUGGACAUUGCUGAUGUCUACAGGAAUGAAGACUUUGAGAUGCCACCCACGUUCAACUUCUACAAACUCCCCCGGCCAUCCACGAAGCAUUAG